GCCGUCACGCUGACGCGUGGGAGAUCGGUCCGCCGGGCGCCGUCCGGAAAACCCCCCGAGACUCCAUACGCGCCCCCCGCAGGGAAAUUUGCCCGUCCUUUUUGCCGUUCAUCUGCACACCGUGCUCGUUCCCAGGCAGAUUUUUCCAAAUAUAAAUCCCAGCCCACCUGGCACCCACUUUUAGCAAUUAAGAGCGUUUCCCAAAACGCCAUGCGCAUGGCGUCGGAUUGGGUAACCUGAAAACGCUCCUGUCGUUUUUCUCAUCUGUGCAGUGGGUAUGAUCUUGUUUUUCAUCAGGCAAUUUCAGAGAAGAAGGGGGAGAGAGAGAGAGAGAGAGAGAAGCAUUGAUGCGAGAGAGAAACGUUGAUCAGUUGCCUGCCGUAUGCACCAAAACUGGGGAUUGAACCUGCAGCCUAGGUUUUGCUUCCCACCAUGGCUAUCACACAAUUUCGGUUAUUUAAAGUUUGUACAUGCUUAGCAACAAUAUUCUCAUUCCUAAAGAGAUUGAUAUGCAGAUCCGGCAGAGGACGGAAAUUAAGUGGAGACCAAAUAACUUUGCCAACUACAGUUGAUUAUUCAUCAGUUCCAAAACAGACAGAUGUUGAAGAGUGGACAUCCUGGGAUGAAGAUGCACCCACAAGUGUAAAGGUUGAAGGAGGGAAUGGGAAUGUGGCAACACAACAAAAUUCUUUGGAACAGCUGGAACCUGACUAUUUUAAGGACAUGACACCAACUAUAAGGAAAACUCAGAAAAUCAUUAUUAAGAAGAGAGAACCGUUAAAUUUUGGCAUACCAGAUGGUAGCACAGGUUUCUCUAGUAGAUUAGCAGCUACACAAGAUAUGCCUUUUAUUCAUCAAUCACCUGAACUAGGUGACUUAGAUACCUGGCAGGAAAAUACCAAUGCAUGGGAAGAAGAAGAAGAUGCAGCCUGGCAGGCAGAAGAAGUUCUGAGGCAGCAGAAGAUAGCAGAUAGAGAAAAGAGAGCCGCCGAACAACAAAGAAAGAAACUGGAAAAGGAAGCACAGCGGCUAAUGAAGAAGGAACAAAAUAAAAUUGGUGUGAAACUGUCAUAACAACUGUCCUUCAAAUGUCAUAGUGCCAGUAGGAGAAAUAUAUGACCCACAACCCAAGCAACAUUUGUACGGCUCUAAGAGUAUUUUCAGAAUACAAACACACUGCUUAAUUUUAAUGCGUUCAUCAGGCCAUUCAGGACACCGGGAUUCUGUCAGAAUACCUUGAGCUAUAGUGAUUGAGACUCAAAAGAACAAAAAAGACUUAUGAGACAAUAUUUUCUUCACCAUGCUCCAAUAUAAGACAAUUGUGUGCUGUAGAGAAAUUAUUACAAAUGGAAUAUACCAGUACCUCUUCAAGCUAGUGUUUCUAGCUAAAUAAAUGGGUGUAAAUAAUUUUAUGGUGGGAAAGAACUCUGCUGUCUAUAAUGCGUUCCUUCAAUGUGCAUAAUGAUAAAAUAAAUAAUUUUAAGUAUUUGUUUGUUUCCAUGAUUACCCAACCUAAAUCAGACAAAUUUGCAGGGCUUUAACUUUUUUAUUGUUGUCAGAAGCUGGUAUUGGCAUACAUUUCCUCUAAUUUGAACUGUUAUUGUUUAUAUUCAGUAUAACAUGAAGGAAUUCAAUGAUUUUGAUUUUCAAAACAAUGACAUUAAAUGCAAUAAUUUUAUUUAUCAAAGAUUUUAUACAUUAUUGUUU